CAUGCCGUAUGGUGCAGGCGCGUCGGUUUUACAGAGGUUUCGCAUCUCUUUCCUUUGUCUCCUUCCACUCUAUAUUAAACAGGUUGAAACAGAGCCAAACGCGGUUCUCUCUUGGUUGUUAUCCACGCUCUUCACCAAAUAUCUAUCUACAAAUUGCAAUCUCUAUAUCUGAAUAUUAGAGAGGAAUAAAUCUAAAACUCUGCAAAAACACAACGAAAGAAACCCAUUUUCAAUUUUUUUUUCUAUUGCAAAAUUUUCUGCUUUUUGUUUUGUCUGAAACUGAAGCCAUGGGAGGGAUAUCGGGGUUUCUUAUGAAAUUUCCCUCAUUGAUCCACUUUUUGUUGUCUCUCCUGGAGAAAAUCCCUGCGAGAUUGCCUAUGCCAAUUGAGAAAUUGGUUUCUCGUGUUUCAUAUCCUCGCACCGGCAGGCACUUGCAGCGCUAUAAUAACAGAGGCUUCCGCUUAGUUGUUGGGUGCAUUCCCUACAGAUACAGGGAAAGCGAAGAUGCCAAGUCAAUUGAGGAAGCGAUUGAAGUUCUUGUAAUAAAUGCACAAAAUGGGAAAGGGAUAUUAUUCCCCAAAGGGGGUUGGGAGAAAGAUGAAUCCAUGGAAGAAGCUGCCAUUAGAGAGACGGUUGAGGAAGCCGGUGUAGUUGGCGUCAUCGAAUGUAAAUUAGGUAAAUGGUGUUAUAAGAGCAAAAGGCAAAGUAUAUACCAUGAAGGCCACAUGUUUGGUCUGCUUGUGAAGCAAGAGUUAGAUGGAUGGCCUGAGAAAAACAUCCGAAAACGGGAAUGGGUGACAGUGUCGAAAGCUAGAGAAGAAUGCCCGCAUUUGUGGAUGAUAGAAGCCUUAGAAGAGUUGGUUUGGCGACAAACGCAGGCAGGUGCGGCCCAAGGAGGAAGUAAAUGAAGUAGCAACUAUGGAGUUUUGUUGUUUGAAUUUGUAGGGUUAGGAAAAGAGAUCAUUGUAAAUAAGAAGACAUCAAAACGUUGGAUUUCCGAACAUUUGUUGGUUUUGUUCUGGUAUUCAUUUCAGUAGGUAGAAAAUUUUUUCAUUGAUUCAUUCAUUUGAUUUGGGGUUUGAAUCCAUACAAAAAGUAUGAUUCACAUCAGAAUUUAACCUCUGAUCAUUUAACUCUGGUUGGAGUUUGGUUAGGCCACGUGUUAUUGAUAAGGACAUAGAUUAAGCAACUGGUUUCACAAGUCCUCGGUUCAGGAUUCAGACACGUAGGCUUAUUCCAUUGUCUACACUACAUUUCAUUUUUCAUUUCUUCACCGAAUGACGGAAAGUCUAUCCUUUGUAAUUUCUCCCAAUUUGUUUUACACUUAUAUAUUUUGUGUUCAUAUUUAUCUCAUACGUGAGUCGUGUUAUUAAUGAUUUCUAUUAGGAAUAAUAUUAUAUUUAGUCCUCUAAUUUUAGUAAAAA